UCAAAUCAAAUGUAAAUUCAAUUAAAAUUUGAAUCUCUCUCUCUCAUCUCAGCUCCGCGGUCAGACAAGAAGAAGAGAGGAGGGAGGGUUAGGGCAAACCAUCCCUCACCUCUCUCUCUCUAAAACUAGGGUUUACCAUCUCUUCUCUCUCUAAAUUCUAGGGUUUUCAGAGAGCUCCCCUCAAACGGCCCCUAAUUUAUGCAAUAAUAAUUGAGGAAAAUGAGUGGACAAAUCCCUCCAGCUCCGAGACGGAACAGUUUGGUUCAGAAGCGAAAUCAAUCGACUGUGAAGAAAUCUUCGAUUCAAUCCGAGAACGGAACCACCAAUGGCGGGACCCUUUCCAAACCCUCCUCCCCUAAGCAAGCGCCUGUUGGUGGCGAAAGGACGGUCAAGAAACUGAGGCUAUCGAAAGCCCUCACUAUUCCGGAAGGGACCACUGUUUCCGAUGCUUGUCGGAGGAUGGCAGCUUUGGUUGCCCCUGUAGACGCUGUUUUGUUAACUGAUGCAAAUGCUUUGCUUUCUGGCAUAGUCACUGACAAGGACAUUGCAACUAGAGUUAUAGCAGAGGAGUUGAGGCCAGAGCAGACAAUAAUUUCAAAGGUUAUGACAAGGAACCCUAUUUUUGUCAAUUCGGACUCACUGGCAAUUGAGGCUCUUCAAAAGAUGGUCCAGGGAAAAUUUAGGCAUCUCCCUGUUGUAGAAAAUGGUGAAGUUAUUGCCUUGUUGGAUAUUACAAAGUGCCUCUACGAUGCUAUAUCCAGGAUGGAGAAGGCUGCAGAGCAAGGUAGUGCCAUUGCAGCUGCAGUUGAAGGGGUGGAGCGCCAGUGGGGGAGCAAUUUCUCUGCACCGUCCGCUUUCAUAGAAACACUCCGAGACCGAAUGUUCAAGCCCUGUUUGUCAACUAUUAUUGCUGAAAAUGCCAAGGUUGCAAUAGUAUCACCGUCAGAUCCUGUCCAUGUUGCUGCCAAACAGAUGCGAGAGUUGAGGGCUAACUCCGUCGUUAUUGCCACUGAGAACAAGAUUCAGGGGAUACUAACUUCAAGGGAUAUUCUUAUGCGAGUUGUGGCCCAAAACCUUUCUCCUAUGUUGACUUUGGUGGAAAAGGUAAUGACGCCCAACCCUGAGUGUGCAACAUUAGAGACAACAAUCCUUGAGGCUCUGCAUAUCAUGCAUGAUGGCAAGUUCUUACAUCUUCCUAUUGUGGACAAAGAUGGAUAUGUUGUCGCUUGUGUGGACGUUCUCCAGAUAACUCAUGCGGCAAUUUCCAUGGUUGAUAGUAGCUCUGGAGCUGUUAAUGAUGUGGCAAACACAAUGAUGCAAAAGUUUUGGGAUUCAGCACUUUCCCUAGAGCCACCAGAGGAUUAUGACAACCAGAGUGAGAUGUCUAUGUCUGCAGUAAACACAUCAGAUGGGACAGAACUCGGGAGGUAUCCAUCUCUUGGUCUUGGGAAUUCAUUUGCCUUCAAAUUCGCCGACCACAAGGGUCGCGUACACCGAUUAAAUUUUGGCACUGAGAACUUAGGUGAGCUUGUUUCUGCUGUUAUGCAAAGGUUCGGUGAUGUUAGUGAUCAAGGCCGGCCUCAGCUUUUGUAUGAAGAUGACGAAGGUGAUAGGGUUCUCCUUACAACAGAUGGUGAUCUUGUUAGUGCCGUUAGCCAUGCCAGAUCAGUGGGUCUAAAGGUUUUGAGAUUGCAUUUGGAUGUUUCUGAUUCAAGUCAACAAAAGGCGGGACAAGAAUUAUGUACAACCACCACCAGUGAGAAAACCGGGUGGCUAACACCCCGCUCUGGAAUUUUGGCUGGCGCAGUUGCUCUGACAGGCAUUAGUGUGUUGGUCUACUUAAAGCGUAAUGACCUUUGAUUUUCUGUUGAUCUGUUGAAAGGAAACGUACAUCUCGAGAUGUUUUCUUGGGAAGAUAUUCGACAAUAACUGAAGAUGGAAAGUAGCUUCAGGUCUCAUAGCCUAUAGAGUUGGCAGUGUUGUAUAAUAGUGAACUACAAAUGAAACAGUGGGAGGACAAGGCGCAAAUAUAUAUUAGCAAGGGGAGUUUGAAUGUUUUGUUUACUUUUGCGAGCGGAAGGGGCAAAAAGAGCUAGAGUGUAUGUACACUCGUGCACGUGUUUUAUGUCGAGUGGCGGGGGUGGUGAAUACAGCAGUACGUUGUGGCCUUGUUUUAAGUGGGUGAAAACCUUGGAUAAUCUUUGUAGUGAAUAUCUAAGGGCAUGAAUUACAAUGACUUUGUCCCAUGAAUGUGAAAUCUCUCCCCAGAUUGCAUUGCA